AUGGCGCCUCAACUCGACAGCUUCUUCAAGCAGGUUGACACCUCUGCGGAUGCCUUCAUUGAGCGUCUGCGCAAGGCUGUUGCUAUCCCUUCCAUUUCCGCUGAGGAUGCCCGCCGCCCCGAUGUUGUGCGCAUGGGUCACUUCCUGGCCGAUGAAUUGAAGGCUUUGGGUGCUGAGGUUGAACUUCGACCGCUCGGCAAGGAGCCUCACAGGCCUCACCUUGACCUGCCUCCUGUCGUUCUCGGACGAUAUGGAAACGACAAGAACAAGCGAACGAUCCUGGUUUACGGCCACUACGAUGUCCAGCCCGCUGAGAAGAGCGAUGGAUGGGCAACCGAUCCCUUCACGCUCACCGUCGACGACAAGGGCCGCAUGUUUGGCCGUGGCUCAACCGAUGACAAGGGACCUGUCCUGGGCUGGCUGAACGCCAUUGAGGCCCACCAGAAGGCUGGUGUUGAGUUCCCCGUUAACCUUUUGAUGUGCUUUGAGGGUAUGGAGGAGUACGGAUCCGAGGGAUUGGAUGACUUGAUCCGAGAGGAGGCCAAGAAGUUCUUCGCUGAUGCCGAUGCCGUCUGCAUUUCUGACAACUACUGGCUCGGAACCGAGAAGCCUUGCUUGACUUACGGCCUCCGAGGCUGCAACUACUACUCUGUUGAAGUCUCUGGCCCUGGCGCCGACUUGCACAGCGGUGUCUUUGGUGGACAGGCCCACGAACCCAUGACUGAUCUGGUUCAGAUCAUGGCAUCUCUGGUUGAUAGCAAGGGCAACAUCAACAUCCCUGGCAUUAAGGAGCAAGUUGCCCCCGUUACUGCUGAUGAGGAGAAGCUCUACGACACCAUUGCCUUCACCAUGGCGAACUUGCACGAAUCUCUUGGCAGCACCACCACCAUCCACGAUGAGACUAAGCCAACCCUGAUGGCCCGCUGGAGAUACCCUUCUUUGUCUCUCCACGGUAUCGAGGGCGCUUUCUCUUCACCUGGUGCCAAGACCGUCAUCCCUGCCAAGGUCACCGGCAAGUUCUCCAUCCGAACUGUCCCUGAUAUGGACAUUGACACAACCAACGCCGCGGUCUACAAGUAUGUGGAGGAGCAGUUUGCCAAGCUUGGCAGCAAGAACAGCAUGAAGGUUUGGGCUCAGCACACCGGAAAGUGGUGGGUUGCCUCACCAAAGCACUGGAACUUUGCUGCCGCUGCUAAGGCGGUUGAGCGCGUCUGGGGCGUUGCCCCCGACUUCACUCGUGAGGGUGGAAGUAUCCCCGUCACUCUUACUUUCGAGGAGGCUACUGGCAAGAACGUCCUGCUGCUGCCCAUGGGAAGCUCAACAGACGGUGCUCACUCUAUCAACGAGAAGCUUGACAAGAGCAACUACAUUGAGGGCAUUAAGAUGCUGGGUGCCUACCUGCACUACGUCGCUGAGGAGCCCCAGAACUAA